UUAAAGUGCUCGCUCCAUGAUGCCUUGCGGUGUCCCGCUAGCGCUCACUCUAUUUACUCGCUUGAGAGCAGAGCUGCUGCUGCUGCUGAUGUAACGGGCCACACUCAACUUCAGCGCGCGGACCCUCCUAACCGGACUACAUUUACGGACAUCAAAUGAAGGCAGUCUUUACGAAACACUGAAAGGAAAACCACAUCAUCUGCUUAAAUCUCGGUUCUGCUCUGGCGGAGCUUAGUGGACCCGGACUGAGGAUUGUAGCGGUCCGGGACUGCAGACACACGCAGCAGUGAUAAGAGCAGCAUGCAGACCAGAGAGCAAGUAACGGGUGCCUGCAGAGGUGAGGAAUGACAUCAUCCAGAUGAGAGGCAUGGAGCUGAAGGUAUGGGUGGAUGGAGUGCAGCGCAUCGUCUGCGGGGUCACAGAAGUCACCACAUGUCAAGAGGUUGUCAUCGCUUUGGCACAAGCAAUAGGGCGGACUGGUCGCUACACACUGAUUGAAAAAUGGCGCGAGACAGAGAGGCACCUGGCGCCCCAUGAGAAUCCUGUAGUUUCUCUGAAUAAGUGGGGUCAGUACGCUAGUGAUGUGCAGUUGGUGCUUCAACGUACAGGCCCAUCUCUGAGUGAGCGCCCCACCUCGGACACCUCUGCAAGAGCCCCUGAGCGCAGCUUAUACCGCCAAAGUCUCCCUCCCAUGGCAAAGCUCCGCCCCACAGCCAACGACCGUUCUCUCAAACGUCGUGAACCAAAACGCAAGUCCCUCACCUUCACCGGUGGUGCCAAGGGGUUACGUGACAUCUUCGGGAAGAAUCGUGAGGGUGAUACCAAGCAGAGAACGGUAAACACAAACCGCAGCAGCACUCCGGCCCCUACACAGGAGCUGUCCCGCCUGGUGCAGUUGCAGAAGGACAAGUUGUGCAUCCUAGAGCAGAAACUGCAAUGCUGCGAGACUGAGUUGCAGCAGCAAUUGACAGAGGAAGAAGAAGAGGAGCUGGUCAAACUAGAGCAGCAGGUCCGUAGGAAUGAGGCGGAGAUGAAGGAGCAUGAAUUCUGGGAGAAUGAGCUGAAGAUUGAGCAGGACAAUGAGAGGCAACUUUGUGAGCAGCUGCAGGAACUGCGCAGUCGUGUACAGGAGUGCGAGGAGCAACUGGGAGAGUACCUGGCACGUAUUCAGUGCAUGGAAGCAGGGCUGGAGGCAGAGUGCCUGCAACAAGAGCUGAUGGAGACACAGCUAGCGGAUGAAAUGGAGGUCCGGUCGCGACUGGAUAAGGCCUGUGCCGAGCUGGACAUGCAAGUGCAGCAGGCUGCAAGACUGGAGAGCAGUUGCAGAGCUGUGGAGCUCUCACUUGGCCAGUCAAACAUUAGACUACAGAAGAGAGAGCAGGAACUGGAACAGUUAACUAAGGAGCUGAGGCAGGUGAACCUUCAACAGUUUAUUCAACAGACUGGCACCAAAGUAACAGUUCUACCAGCAGACCCUGGUGAGGAGGAAGCUAACACAGAGUCAGAAAAUCAGUCUGGAUCUCUGAAGCGGCUUGGAUCAGCUCGACAACUUCCCGCUGACCUACGAGCUCUGCAGAGCUCGCUGAACACGCCCUUUAACCCAGAAGGCAUCUAUGUCUGAUUUUGCACCCGGCAUCAACAUUUAAACAAAAUCUGCACUUCCUCUAUGACUCCAUAUCACUCUUGAGACCAUGAAGAUUUCCUUUGGAGAGAUCAUACUCCCUGGAAUUAUAGUAGUGUAUGUUGUUUGCUUUACAGAUUCAUCAACAAGCAGUGAGUGUUUUUACGGUGAUGAUUGCUUCCUCUUGAUGGCUGUUUGACUAAUCCAACCCAAUCAGUGCUUUCUCCAAAUCCUACAAAGACAUCUCCAGCUGAAUGUAUGCUCACUUUCACUGGACCCAAAGCGCAGUAAGGCUUUGAAUAUGUCUUGAACAUGGCAACUACUGAACUCGUACAGAAAAACAGACAGAAUACAUGCUGCCUCAGCCUAUGUUCAAUCUAUCGACCUUCUGGUGCAAGUUAGAAAAUGCAGCAUCAUGAUGUCUUUCAUUUCUAGAAUGUUUCUGAAUCUCCAGGUAAACCUCAUACUCAAUGCGAUUAUGCAAGCAGCAGGAAUUUUAGGGAGAUGCAAAGAGAUCGUUGAGGAUGAUAAAUUAUGCAGUUUAUAUUUUAUGGCUCAUAGUCGUGAUGAAAGCUCAAAGAAAAGGGGUGGUGCAUGUUUCGCCUUAGUUUGCACUUUAUUGGCCAAAACAUCUGCUGUGGAAUUUUACUGAAAUCUUAAAAGCUGAAGAAUCAUUUCCUGCGUUUGAUCGCACUAAUCAGGAAAACAGGUGCAUGCAAUAUUUUAAAACGGUGUGAGAGUGCGUAAGAGAGGUGUUUUUGCAUGAAAGCAGCUUGUGGCAAGUGAAAUUUGUUACCUUUUAAAAUGAAGCAAAAAGAAACCUGGUUUUGUGAUGAACAGCUACAUUUUAAAUAGAAUCCUUUUAAAUUAUGCAAGUACAUUGUAGUUACUCAUAAGUCGCAAUGAGUGGCUUAUCAAUAAGCUUUCAAGUGAACCUUUUUGGCCAAUAAAUGCAUUUUAUUUCUGACACUGAAUAGUUUUAUUUUUUUAUUUAGCUGAUCUCACUAAAAUCCUUAUAUGGAGUUGUCUUUUUUUCCACAUACUAGCAAAUAUCACACCAGCUGCAUAUAUUUUAAGCAAAUCUUAAGUGUUUUUACUAGUUUUUAGAACUUUAUUUCUUAUCAAACCAAAGUGUUCUGGAAGUCAUGAAUAUCUGCAUGAAUGUAAAGGUUUGUAAUUGUGCGUAUGUGCAAAAGGAAGCAGCUCCAAAAUAUUAUGUUUAUGACAUUUUCUUUUUAACUGUAGUAGCACCUGCUUCCCUUAAAGCUACAUUCACACAGAUGCAGAAUGACAUUUUAUUUUUACAUUUAAUAUGGACAUAAGCAAGGAGCUCUUGGAAGCGUCUGUAAGGAAGUGCUCAUUUAGAUUUGCUGUAGUAGCUUCUGGACUUGUUUUGAUAUUUUGUAAACGAAUUAAGCUUACAGAUUUUUUUUCUUCUCCAGAAAACACUAUUUUGCCAAAAUCCAAAAUUUUAAUUUUGAUGUUCAUGGAUGAUUGAAUCAUUUAAACAAA